AUGUGGCUCUCGUUCAAUAAACUGCUGCUUCUUGCCUCGGUGUCAUCAACUACUUCGGCCAGUCCAUCUUUUGUGCCGCGAGAUGGCGUCGACUACACCGUCUACAACCAUGCUGCCACUGGCUCCAAGUUGGAGAUUGUCAAGAACUCUGGCAUCUGUGAGACCACGCCCGGGGUCAACCAGUACUCGGGAUACUUUUCCGUGGGACAAAACAUGAGCAUGUGGUUCUGGUUCUUUGAAUCCCGAAACAACCCCAAGACAGCCCCAUUGGCAGCCUACUUCGAGGGCGGUCCUGGAUGCUCCUCCAUGCUCGGACUGUUCCAGCAAAACGGCCCUUGUCAUUUUGUCAAUAAUAAAACGACGCCCUCUCUGAACGAAUACAGCUGGAACAACUACGCCAACAUGCUGUAUUUCGACCAACCCAUUGGCUCUGGCUUCUCGUAUGGAGAUACAGAUGCUGUGAAUAGCACUGCCACUGCUAGUCCCUAUGUGUGGAACUUUCUGCAGGUGUUUUAUGAAAACUUUCCUGAAUAUGAGAGUCGCGAGUUUGGUCUGACGACCGAGUCAUAUGGCGGCCACUAUGGUCCCGACUUUGUGGACUACAUCCAGCAGCAGAAUGACAAGAUCGACAAGGGCACAGUCAAGGGUGAGAAGAUUGACCUCGUCGCUCUCAUGAUCAACAACGGCUGGUACGAUUCGGCCAUCCAGUCCAAGGCGUAUGUUGACUAUGCCUACGACAACCCCUACCGCCAGCUGAUCAACGAGUCCGAACGAGACUCUUACUACAAUGCCUACUACGCCGAGUGUCUUCCUGCUCUGAAUGCCUGCCAGAUCAAGGGCACGGAUACUGCCUGCAAAAGUGCAUCGUCUGUUUGUGCAGCAGCCAUGUUUAACAAGAUGAUUGCCAAACAAGACUUUAGUGUCUACGAUGUCAGAGCGCCAUUCAAUGAUCCCAAUCCCCCUGCCACUUACGCCACGUAUCUGCAAGAUACAACUAUCCAGAAGGCGAUUGGGGCACGAGUCAAUGCCUUUUCCAGCACCGGAGAUAACUCGCGAUCAACCCUCGCCACUCUCUCCAAGGUUGUUCAAUCCGGAAUCAACGUCCUCAUCUGGGCAGGUGAUGCUGACUGGAUGUGCAACUGGGUUGGCGGUUAUGCCGUCGCCAACAACGUCACCUUCAGUGGUCAAGAUGAUUUCCGCAGCAAGGCUCUUGAGCCAUACACGGUAAAUGGCACCCAGAAGGGCACAUUCAAGAAUGUAGACAACCUUUCUUUCUUGAGGGUGUUUGAAGCCGGACAUGAAACCUCAUUCUAUCAACCCGAGACUGCUCUGCAGGCAUUUACUCAAAUUAUGCAGAAGAAGUCCAUUUCCUCCACUUAG